AAGUCAGGGCUACGCGAGUGACAUUUUAAAAACCCCGUAAUGGAGUUCGCUCCCGUUGGUCCUCUCUUGCCCCUUUCGAUGGAGACGCCCCUGUUAAAAAGAAAAAGGCAUAGAUCCUGUAGCUCGUUUUAUUUACCUACUUGAAAGUUAGCUUUUCCUUUUCCUCGGCAUGCAAAUUCACAAUUUUUCCGCCGAUAUUUAAAAUGAAUUUCGCAUGCAUGCCAUUAACUUUCCCAUGACCGCACAUCAAAAAACAUGAGCCUCUUGAACAGCAGCUCCACCGCCUUACGGACGGCCAAGUCGGCCGAGGAUUUCGAGACGGGGAUCCGCCGCGCGGUGGCUGAGAGCAAGGACUUCGACGAGGUCGACGCGGAGAAGGUGGAUCUUUUUGUCGCGAUUUUGAUCGAAAACGCCGACGAGCUGGAGGAGCUGGACAGCGCGGAAGAGAUCCAGAAAAGAUAUUUCGGCGAGGUCGCACAGGAUGAGGAGGACGAGAUUUUGAUUCAGCUGUUGGUAACUCUCUGCGAGGAGAAUCAACUCGUCGUUUUGAAGAAGACAGAGGAAGGAGGAAAUGCUACGAAUUCGGAAGGAAAAAGCACAGCCGAUGCAGAUCAUCACCGGCCAAAGGACAAGAAUAAUUUUCACAGUGAAAAAUCAGCAGAAAAAAGUUCUAUCGGGAAAAAUAACACCAGAAGGAUCGUGCCGAAGCACGUGAACAAGAAUUUCACGAAGCAGGCCGCAGACCUCGGGCUGCUCGGCGACAGAAGGACAACGACCACAAAGGCUGAUGACAAGAAAAAUUCCGAUGAUCUUCCUCCCAAAACUACGACCUGGGAGUCGAAAGGGCAAAGAGCAUUCCGAGAGCAGGUGCAGGAGGUGCAGAAAGUGUUGUUAAAGGAGGAACAGCAGAAAAUUGAAGAAGAACAGAAGCAGAAAUCGCUGCAGAAAUACUUCGAAUCCGGCACGACCACCACGAUCAACACAAACAGCAAGGACUGGAACGCACCGAGAUCUUUGACCAACAGCGACCAAAACAAGCAGCUCAGUAUAGCCGAUGUGACCAAAAGCAGGGUGUUUGAAACAGAAGAGGAGGAAAAGCAAUACGCCGAGGAAUGCAUCGACGAAGUGAAAGACUACCUGCGGCAAGUUUCCGAGCCGGUGACGCUGUUCGGCGAGUCCACGUGGGACCGGUAUUUGCGGUAUAAGGAGGUGGAGUUAGCACACAAGGAUUUGUCGAAGACGAUGACAGAUUCGUUAACCGGGGGUCUCACCGUUGCCGCGGCGCUGAAGAAGGAGAAGCUGCACGAUAUGGUCGUGCUCGGGGAAGAAGACGAAGAAACGCCGACCGGAGUAAGCCCUGGUGCAGCUUCUGCGAACAGAUUGCAAAACGCAUUCGCUGGUGUAAUUGGCGAUAGUAGAACAGAAGCAUCAGCGGGAGGAGAUGAAAUAGAUGCGCAUCAGUCAAAGGAUGUUGACACAGCGGGAAAAAGAACUGCCGACGUUCUACUUCCUCCAGGCAGCAGGGAUAGCGACGAAUCAGUUUUCGACAGUGACGAGGAAGAGGAAGACCCGGCGGAGAAGAAACGCCGCACCGAGAGCGAGCGCUGCAGCGCGGUUGCGGAGUGGCUUCGCGCGACGUUGAAGAACUGGGAAACCGAUCUGGGGGCGACGCACACCGCGGUCAAUGUGGAAGACUUGUCCUCCAUGGUCAUCGGCGGAAGUAAUGGCACUGCUAACCAGCAAGGCGAAAAUAGAAGAGGUGAAAUAACUUCGGAGGGCACCACAACAGCCGCAAAUACCAAUAGCGGGGCGGAGAGUCCAGAACGCCAGGCGAGGGAAGAGCGGCAGACGCGAGCCAUUGCGGACAGUAUCAAACGCGCGAAGAAGUUCACGAAGCAGCAGUACCGGGAGGCGAAGUUGUGUCUGAAGCCGUUACGGAAAAAGCUGAAGGAGAAGCAGCUGGAGUCCGCGAUUCUGGACAAACUGGCGAUUAUGGUCCAGUACUGCAACGUGAACGAUUACACUUCCGCAAACUCCGAGUACAUGAAGCUCGCGAUCGGUAACGCGGCGUGGCCGCUGGGAGUGACCUCCGUCGGGAUCCACGAGCGCGCAAACCGGAGCGCGAUCGGGGAGGACAAAAUUGCGCACGUUUUGUCCGAUGAAGCCACCAGAAAAUACAUCCACUCGUUUAAAAGAUUGAUCGGCUACGCACAGGAACGAGCGGACACUGGAAGGGUUUCGGAAAGAACAUGAUACAUACGACGUAAUGUUCAAAAUAGUUGUAAACGCGACCACACGACGACAUAUAAAGCAUAGAGCGAAGAUUUUGAGCGACGCACAAAAAUAAAAGCACAAAUGGAAAUUAU